CGAAAAUCUUCCACAUAGUGACUCCUUAGUGUGUUAGGAAUCGAGAAAGCAGACAUGGGCUCACAACCGACCACGGAGAAGAAACGUUAUAACCCCCUCGACUCCACACUGAAGUUUGUAGACAGAGAAGAUGAGUUGGACUUUCUGUGUGAAGGGUUUAGCUCUCCGAGAGCCCUGAUGUCUUGCGGCCAUGCUGUGACCCCAACAUCUCUCACCAACUGGUGUCGUCAGUUGUUGGAAAAAGGUGAAAGCAAAUUUGUGUGUGGCCAGUAUGGUUGUGAUGCAGAGUGGCCUUAUGUGGAGGUUCGGAAAAUGGCUCUCCUGACCCCUGAAGAAAGGGAAUAUUUUGAAAAAACCAUGGCCCUCAAUGCAAUGAAGGUUUACUUUGAUGUCAAAGAGUGUCCUGGGUGCAAACAGACUGUGACAAGAAAGGAUCUAUCCAAUCUGAGUGUCCAUUGUCAAAUUUGCACAGCAAGGAAGGGACAGACCUACAUAUUCUGCUGGCAGUGUCUGAAGGAAUGGAAAGGUGAUCACACCCAAACGGACAGAUGUGAAAAUGAAGGCUGCCACAACGGUGCCCUAAAAAUACUGCAAACCUGUUCAGAAAUUACUUUUCACUCUGUGAAAGGAGUGAUUGGGUGUCCCUCCAUCCGGGCCUGUCCCACAUGUGGCUGUUUGGUGCAGCACAGCUCAAAAAAAUGUAAAACCAUUACCUGUCCCUGCUGUAAGGUGGAGUUCUGUUUUGUCUGCCUGAAGCUUGUUAUUGAAUGUUGGAAAACAGUUGGGGAAAAGUUUCGAUCAUGUGCCGAUGGUGUUGCCCCCAGACAGACCUCUAUACCUGUGCGGCAGAGGAAAUGA